AUGACUCCUUUCAGCUCUGGCAGUACCCAUUCUGAUGUAGAACUCACUGACUCCAUCCCCUUCUUGUAUCUACUGCCAGAAAACACUUCAUCACCCAGGAGAGAUUACAUAGCUCAUGAAGUGUCGCCACAGAAACCUAAACCAUCUGAAACGCAUGUCAAGAGACAUGAGAAUAUGGAUUUGACCUCCAUUUACUUACCUCCUCCUACACUAUGUCUCAAGCUAUGUCACCAGAUGGUAUUCAUUGGAAUAACUUUGGUGAAACCAAUAAAAAAAGCUGCUAUGUGCAAGCAGGAGCACCACGGAGAGCCGCAGCUUGCUAAAACCAAGAUGAGCUGCAAGCCUCUGAACUUGGCAAACCAUAGGCAGCAUUCCAUCUGUGCAGCUGAGGAAUCGGAUGACUAUGUGUUACAGAAUGAACAGACAGAGCAGAUCAGACCAAAUAAUAGGUUUACCCCAUCAAAAGAGAAAUUUUACCAGAGAACCAUUGUCCAGAACAACUGUUUUUACAGGGGACUGGUUGUCACUCAAAGCUGUAAACCUCUGAAUCUGGGCUAGAAAAGCAAGGCUCCCUUUGAGUACAUAAUCAAUUACAGAAUGAAUUAUGUGCCAACUCCUCUGGUGAAACAUUAUGUCCAUAAAAUUCAGAAAUACAAGGUCAAUUAUGUUUCAUUUGAUGGCCUCACUACACACAAAUUUUCUUACCGGGGUGGGCUGGCAGACAACCAAGCUUCCAAAACCAUACCAGACAAAGCCAGUCCUUGUCUUCCUUUCUCCACUACAACUGAAUUUCAGGAAAAACACAAAGCUUGACUACAGCCUUCUGUAUUCACCAGAAAACCUGUUGUAUAUCUUCUGCUUCUGGAGAAAAUGGACCUUCACACCACUGCUUGGACACAUUUGAAGCACCCAAAUGAAAAGCCAGCCAAGAUGUGUCAACCUUUGGCCUAGUUUAAUAAAAUUACUGAGCCAUUUAAUAGCUCUUCUAUAGUGAAGGAAGACUAUAAGCCUUGGCUACGAAAUAGACUAAUACCUAUCACUCAUGCUCCUACUUUCCCAGCAGAACCAAUAGAUUUCUUGGCUACAUUUUGGACCCAUCAUGGGCCUCGUCUCACAGGUAUGUAAACCCAUAAACCUGUCUGGUCAGGCCCAAAGCAUCACACUCUCCUAGAUGCUAAAACAACCUACACUGCCAGUUACACACCAAAGGGCUUUGUUAGAUGCCUGGCCCCUUACAAAGACCCACCCAGUUACAUCUUUGAGAAAACUGAUGCUGACAGCUUGAUUUUGUUUGGUACAUUCUUUUAA